CUUUUCCCCUGUGCUGUGUAGCGUGAGUUUACAAUGGUGUGUGAAACACCGCCCUGUGUGGUUACGGUUACCUCGUGGCUUCUGUCCAACCGGAGGCGUUAGGAGAACACAUCGCGCGCUUUACCCACCGGCUGCGCAGUUGCAUGUUAUCCUAUCCAGCGCGAGCCUGGUACGAGAAAUCUACCGCUGCCGCCUAACCGGAAUCUUCCUUUAUAUAGACGGAGACAAAACAAAAAUAACCACAUUCAACUGACGGCGGAAAAAACAUCCAGAACUUCAUUUUUUUCUCUCCUUCUUUAUCGCGUCCUGGUUCUCUUCUUAGAGUCUAAAGCCACGGAGCGCUUUACUAUAUAACCUACAGUAUAUUCUUUACUAUAUAACCUACAGUAUAUCGGCUGUUGCAACGCCAUGACAGGCGAGAAGAAAGUCUCGGUAAUCAAUGGCAAACCAGAGGACGCCCUGGACUUCGAGGCAGCCAACGACAAGAAGCCGGUCAACGAGAGGGGCCACUGGAACAACAAGAUUGAGUUUGUCCUGUCGGUGGCCGGAGAGAUCAUAGGGCUGGGAAACGUGUGGCGUUUCCCCUACCUGUGUUACAAGAAUGGAGGAGGUGCGUUCUUCGUACCAUAUAUAAUCUUCUUUAUAUGUUGUGGCAUCCCGGUGUUCUUCCUGGAGACAGCUCUGGGACAGUUCACCAGCGAAGGAGGCAUCACAUGUUGGAGGAAAUGCUGCCCGCUCUUUGAAGGUAUUGGCUAUGCGACCCAGGUGAUCGUGGCCCAUUUGAAUGUGUAUUAUGUGGUUAUCCUGUCCUGGGCUAUCUUCUACCUGUUCAACUGCUUCACCACGGAGCUACCCUGGGCCUCGUGUGAUCACUACUGGAACACAGAGAACUGUGUCGAUUUCCAGAGGAACGGCACCAAUUUCACCUUCAACCCCAACUCCACCUCGCCUGUUGUAGAGUUCUGGGAACGUCGUGUCCUCAAGAUCUCCAGUGGGAUUGAACACAUCGGGAAGCUACGCUGGGAACUGGCUCUGUGUCUGGCUCUGGCUUGGGUCAUCUGCUACUUCUGCAUAUGGAAAGGGCCCAAAUCCACCGGAAAGGUGGUGUAUGUGACUGCUACCUUCCCCUAUGUCAUGCUGUUGGUCCUGCUGAUCCGAGGGGUGACUCUGCCGGGGGCGUGGGAAGGAAUCAAGUUCUACCUGUACCCUGACAUCUCCCGCCUCUCAGACCCACAGGUUUGGGUGGAUGCUGGGACUCAGAUCUUCUUCUCCUAUGCCAUCUGUUUGGGGUGCCUGACGGCCCUGGGGAGCUACAACAGCUACGACAACAACUGUUACAGGGACUGCAUCAUGCUGUGCUGUCUGAAUAGUGGGACCAGCUUCGUGGCGGGCUUCGCCAUCUUCUCUGUGCUUGGCUUCAUGGCCCUAGAACAGGGUGUGCCCAUCGAGGCCGUGGCAGAGUCUGGUCCAGGCUUAGCCUUCAUAGCCUACCCUAAAGCUGUGACCAUGAUGCCUCUGUCUCCUCUGUGGGCUUGUCUCUUCUUCAUGAUGCUCAUUUUCCUGGGGCUGGACAGCCAGUUUGUGUGUGUAGAGAGCCUGGUGACAGCGGUAAUAGACAUGUACCCAGAGACUUUCAGGAGAGGCUACCGUCGAGAAAUGCUCAUCCUGGGCUUGUCUAUAUGCUCCUUCUUCCUGGGGCUCAUCAUGUUGACAGAGGGUGGAAUGUACGUGUUCCAGCUGUUUGACUCGUACGCGGCCAGCGGAAUGUGUCUGCUGUUUGUGGCCAUCUUCGAGUCAAUAUGUAUCGGCUGGGUAUACGGUAGUGACAGGUUCUAUAUGAACAUCGAGGAUAUGAUUGGAUACCGGCCUGCCAUCUUCAUCAAAUGGUGCUGGAUGCUACUGACACCAGGCAUCUGUGCUGGUAUCUUCCUGUUCUUCCUGAUUAAAUACAAGCCUCUGAAGUACAACAACGUGUAUAUCUACCCAGACUGGGGCUACGGAAUAGGCUGGAUGAUGGCCCUGUCCUCCAUGGUCUGCAUUCCCCUAGGAAUCAUCAUACAGCUCUGGAAAACACCUGGAACCUUCUCAGAGAGGAUGACUUUCCUGACCACCCCCAGUCCAGAUCUGGUGAUGAGGGGUAAACUGGCUGGUAUGAGCCCCUUCACCAUCAGACCCAAGCCCAGCAAAGAGUCAAAGAAAGCUGCAAAGAUCGCUACCAUCACAGAGAAGGAGACCCAUUUCUAACACUUCUCCAAGUCCAACCACUGACCAAGCCUCUAUCUGUCUGUCCGCAACCACAACCACAAUGAAGACAACAACAAACAACAAACAAAACAAACAACAAACAAAACAAACAACAGACGAUAAUUAAGGACUGUUUUAUUUAGGUUUUUUUUUUUUAAAGAGAAAGAAGUUAUCACAUAAUUAUUAUUAGUCUUGCUGCUUCUUUUUUUGCACGAACUUUAUUAACACAUCAUCUACGUUAACAUUGUGACUAAAGAGAUCAUUUUUAACGAUUAGAAGAAUAUCAAGUUUAUUGAUUGAGAUCGGCAUGAUAUCGUGCAGGUAUUCGUGUCACUAGUGUUUUACUGUACAACUAACUCCAUCACUGAGUAUACAAAACAUUAAGAACACCUUCCAUGCCCCCUAACUCAAUUCGUCGGGGGGAUGGACUCUACAAGGUGCUGAAAGCGUUCCACAGGGAUGCUGGCCCAUGUUGACUCUACAAGGUGUUGAAAGCGUUCCACAGGGAUGCUGGACCAUGUUCACUCUACAAGGUGUUGAAAGCGUUUCCACAGAGAUGCUGGCCCCUUGUUGACUCCAAUGCUUCCCCACAGUGGUGUCAAGUUGGCUGGAUGUCCUUUGGGUUGGUGGACCAUUCUUGAUACACACGGGAAUCUAUUGAUCAUGAAAACCCACGGCAGCACCUACUAACAUAUCCCGUUCAAAGGCCUAUUCACCUUCUGAAUAAAACACAUACACAAUACAUGUCUCAAUUUUCUCAAGGCUUAAAAAUCUAUCUUUAA